UUGAAAGUUGUUUAACUUUUUUAUAUCAUAUUGCUUACUAAGUAAAUCAGUCGUUUAAUCUGUGUUGGAAAUGAGGAGAGAAAGGCAAGAGAUAAGAAAAUACAAUAAUACAGAAACUACAUAGAUAUAACUUUCUAGAAAUUCGCGUUUGUUUCACUACUUUUUGCAAGAUAAUUACGCACGCGUGUAUUAAUCCUUGAACAUUUGGUGACUGUUCUGAAGCAACAGAUUGGAUAGACCAUGGAUAUGAUCUAGCCUUGACCUAGAUUAGUAGAGACAUCAGAGAGAGAAAUGAAUUUUAUAAAAAUCAUAGUUCACGGAAAUAUCGAUACAUGAUAAACUUUGUGUAUACAUGAUAAAUUUUACAUAUAGCAACGAAUGAUGUGCGACAUUACAUGUCAACUUGGUGAAAAAUAGAAUUUCCACUAUGAUUAUCGAGGUAAUUACAUGUUUGCAUAUAAAGAGCUUUUCGAGGCGAGAAUAACAGUUGAUCGAAUGUGCCAGUCUCACAUGAUACUCUAACGUGGAUACUUCCGAACGAUUGAUGCGAUAUAAACAUAUAUAUAUAUAUAUAUAUAUUUACAUUAGACAUUUCAACAGAUAGACACUUGCUGUAUUUAAAAUGCGGUGCAUGUUUCGAUGGAUCUUGUGGCUGCUAAUGGGCAUGGUGACGCAGGCGUACGUAACGCAUGAGAAGUUUAUAGAAGUACACGAAUUAAGUUCUAUGGAAUCACUUAUAGACCAACUGGCUCCGGUGGAUCCGGCGUUACACGCUUUCCCGACGACACCAACCGUUCCCCUUUUGCCAAAUUGUAUGAAGCAAGGCUACUUGCGAGAUCCGUUCAAUUGCGGCAAGUUUUACCGUUGCGAGCACAGUUAUAGCGUGCCGAUGGCUUUCUAUUGUCAAUCGGGGUUAAUAUUUAACAUGCAUACAGAAUCAUGCGAUCAUCUUCAGUAUGUGCAGUGUUGACCGUGCUGAGGCUGUACACAUCAGGCCUCCCGAAUAUUCGGAUAUCCAACUAUUCAUAAAUCCGAGGUCGGUUUUAA